CCACUUGUCGAGCACAUCGCAGGCAAGUCGGCAAGCAUGCGAUGCGCGUCCACGUGGCCAGUGGCGCGCGUGACACAUGAGCGGCUUCAGGGUUUGCCCCUCCUGAAGAGCACCAAUCUCAGAUGGCGACAUGUUGGGGGCGGGAAGGAUAGUUUGAGAAGGGCAGAGCUUUUUUUGCGAGGGGAACACAAUCUCGCUGUUAUUUGAACGCUGGCAGCAAGCAAAAAAAAAAAAAGGAAAACAAGGAAAAGAAAUCCCGAAAGGCAGCAGAGAGACAUCAGCCGGACCCCGCGUCGGAACCUCGUUAACUGCAAAGACUGGAGGGGGGUGGGGGGGGGGGGGGGGAGAGAGAGAGAAAAAAAGAAGAAACAGCAGGAAGACGAGCUUUGUUUCCAAGAGGAACCCUGUGUUUCCAUUGAUAUGGCUGCUCCAUUUCGGAAGCCUGAACCCCUGCGCUCGGCCUUGUGGAUCUUCCUUCUAUGCCUCAGCAUCUUUCCUCAAGCCAGUGCCGUUGUUGGACACAGAGAGCCGCUGCCUGACGACAGUAAUAAUAUCACAAUUUUCACCCGCAUCUUAGACAGACUGUUGGAUGGAUACGACAACAGACUCCGUCCUGGGCUGGGAGAGAGUGUGACCGAAGUGACGACAAACAUUUACGUGACAAGUUUUGGCCCAGUGUCGGACACUGACAUGGAAUACACCAUCGAUGUCUUUUUCCGCCAGAGUUGGAGAGACGAGAGACUGAAAUUUGACGGGCCCAUGCAGGUGUUGCCCCUCAACAACCUCCUGGCCAGCAAGAUCUGGACACCUGACACCUUUUUCCACAACGGAAAGAAGUCCGUUGCCCACAACAUGACAACGCCAAACAAACUUCUGCGACUCGUUGACAACGGCACGCUUCUCUACACUAUGAGGUUGACCAUUCAUGCCGAAUGUCCCAUGCACCUGGAGGAUUUCCCCAUGGAUGCGCACGCCUGUCCCCUGAAAUUUGGAAGCUAUGCGUACACCAACAAUGAGGUGAUUUACCUCUGGACUCAAGAAGACGAGCGCUCGGUUGCUGUGGCAGAGGAUGGUUCCAGGCUCAACCAGUAUGACCUACUGGGACACGUUAUUGGCAAAGAAACCAUAAGUUCCAGUACAGGGGAAUAUGUCGUGAUGACAACAUAUUUCCAUUUGAAAAGGAAAAUUGGAUACUUUGUGAUCCAAACCUACCUUCCCUGCAUCAUGACAGUCAUACUGUCACAGGUGUCCUUCUGGUUAAACAGAGAGUCGGUUCCUGCGCGCACCGUGUUUGGUGUCACCACUGUCCUCACCAUGACGACCCUAAGCAUCAGUGCCCGCAACUCCCUCCCUAAGGUUGCCUACGCCACAGCCAUGGACUGGUUCAUGGCCGUGUGCUAUGCCUUUGUCUUCUCUGCCUUGAUUGAGUUUGCCACAGUCAACUACUUCACCAAGCGCAGCUGGGCGUGGGAUGGGAAAAAAGAGGGCAUGGAAGUCAGGGAACCGUUUCAGGCUAACAUGGCCAGGAUUAACGAUAUGAGAAGAGAAUCGGCAACUCUCUCCAAAAAGGCAAACAACACCUUCAACAUUGUUGGAACAACCUACGCCAUCAACGUAGCCAAAGACCAAGGUUUAACAACCAUUUCUAAGAGUGCUAGUAGCGGGGCGUCGGCCAAGCACUCCUACCUUCAUAAAAUGGAUGACCCCUACACAGAAGCGAAGAAGUCUUACAACCGAGUCAGCAAAGUGGACAAGAUAUCACGCAUCAUUUUCCCUGUCCUCUUUUUCAUCUUCAACUUGGGCUACUGGGCCACAUAUGUCAACAGAAAGCCUGCCAUCAUAAAGGUGGCACAACAGCGACCCCCUCGCGCCACUGAAUACUAUGAUGAUGCGAUGAAACAUUAAUACGGUUUCACAGUCAGAACGGCCCUCCGAGGGAAACCGCAGCAGCAGCAGCAGCAGCGUGACCCACGACAAAAAUGGCUUUGACGUCCCUGAUCUAGGGCGUCCAGAAAAAAAAAAGUCUCUGCCCAUCAUUUACUACCUUGUACAGCGUCAGGUGUCAUCAUUCUCCAUGAACCAGGAAUUCACCGGCUUCCUAUGCAGAAUUAGCAUGCUAACUAAUAUAUGGACACAAAUGUAGUUAUCUUUGUAAAGGCAAGAGUUUUGGGAGAUUGUGAAAUGACGUUUCUGCGAGUGUGUGUGUGUUGUGAUAUUUUGCUGAUCCAUAAAGAUGGAGGGCAAAUGCUCUCAUUACCUUCUAGGGAGUACAUGAUCACAACACAGCUGGCCAAUUUGUUAUCACUGUCACACCUUGUGUUUCCAACAGAAAGGCACCAUAUUUACUGUAUGUGCGUGUUCCAUGUAAUCGAGCAAAGCUGCAUAAUGGCAGACCACUUUCUACAGCGAUGUUAUGCAAUCUCUGCAUCUAAGAGGUUGCUGUCGCAUUGCUUUUUUUUCUUCUUCCAGUAGCUCUGGCCCUGUCUCCCGCUGUGUGUAACCAAGUGUUCCAAUGACUGCUUGUCAUUUUGUAAAACAGUGAAACUGUGUUUUCUUUUUCUAUGUUUUGCAAGCAUGUGGUUCAGGUUGUCAUUGUAGCUUACCAGUAAAGACAAGGAUUAAUAACAUGCAUGCACACACACACACAUUAUGCAAGGAUGAAUUAGAAGACACCCAAGAAGCUGUUCUACGGUCGCUUAACUGUGGUCCUGUAGCCGGGGCUGCCGGUAUAGUGCCAUAGGGAACAUCCUUAAUAAUCUUCAGUGUCUGGCCUUCAGCUCAAGCUGAAUCUCAUCAGAGCCAACGCAGCAUCAUCUGGAAUUGCUUUUGCAUCCCAUGGGGCAGCCUGUGCAUUUUCAAGUCCAGUGGCUUUUGAGCUGGCUGACUACGUUUGAUUAAAAAGGAGCCAAGUGCCUUGGUUAACAUACAGACAACAGAAAGGUAUUAUCACACAUCUACAGCGCACACACGCACAAAAUAGCUCCUGUGUGCACAUCACAAGAGCUGGCGCUUUGUGGCUGUGUCCUAGCCACCCACAACCUUUAUAUGGGGAAGGGGCACAAAAGCCAUUCUAGGAUCCAGUAUUGAUUUGGUUUCGCGCUUUUCACAUAAGAAAAUGCCACCAUUACCUCAGACCGAAGCCCACUUCUAAAGUUUUUCCUCUCGUCAUAGAAAUGAAAGAAGUACACAUGGCUGUUUUAUACAUAACAUAUCUUUGGAAAUGGAAAAAAUAUAUAUAUAUGGGGAGUAUUUUCUUUUGCUUUGUGAGUGGUUACUUGGGUUUUGCUGCCUACCUAGCCAUGUUUUUACUCAUGUUAUACUUUUGCCUUUGUCAUACUUUGAUUGUGUAAAGUGUCUUUGAUUGUCUACACUGUUUGUACCACUUUUAUGUUUUGUAGUAGACAACAAGUAUAUGAUUCAUUCCGAUCAGGAUUAUACAGUAAAUCAUUAUUAUAGUAACGAAGACAGAGCCAGUGGGGAAAACAUUGAUUGGUUGAACAUACCACACAUUAUUUUCAUAGCGGAUCUGCGGCGGGGCGCAAAUGCCGGCGGAUCCUGAUUUUUGUGCAAGCGCAAGGCUCGCCGCGCACGUUUGCCAAUUUGGCAGACCGGUCUGCGCCAAGCCGGGCGUGCCGGCAAAGCGACGGUGUGUUCUCGGAGAUGUGCCCGGCGGGGUGACAAUUUGGUGACAGAAAAAAACCUCAGACCUAGACCGCUGUUCUAAUGCGAUUUGGGUGAAUUUGAUCUCGACACAGGUAGACCGAUUCAAGUCAUCAACGGUUAUCACCAGCUCAUUCUGUAUUUCGUGAGGGUAGCCGCUCACAUUGUCUGUCGCCAAGAGCAGUGACAAUGCCCCACUCACGCACGGAUUGCUGCGACUACGCAUCAUCCUCGUCCACACAGAGAUGUCUCCGUUGAGGCUGUCAGAUGCGCCUCAUUUAAAGGGAAUGAGAGGAGCCGCUUUGAUUCGCGGCGAACGGAGUCAGCUGUAGACACACCCACUGCGGCGCAGCCCGCCUGCUCUCGGAUCUGCCGGGCUGCGCUGGUCUUCGAAAUCACCGACACCCGUUCUAAACCGCCCCUACCGCACUGUUGCGCUGUCCGCCGCACAGGAAUUUCACCGGUCAUGAAAAUAGAGCGCUAUAUGUUCCUUAAUUCCUUAAGGCAUCUUUUGAAAUAGCCUUAAGGAGUAAACUAAAUAAUAAGUGGUAGUUUAUGUUACAGCCUCUCUUAAAGGGGUUUUAUUGUGACAAACCAUGUCCUAUGUAUCAGUCAAAAGUGAACGCAUGACAAUCUGCUCAAAUGCAGCCUCACAAAAUGGGAUAUGCAGUAUUAUGCUCAAGUAGCUCUUAGUGUCCGUGUUCUUGUGGUCCAGCCAAUUCACUCAUCGGUGACCCGCUCAUAUCCCCAGAGACACCUUCAUGAAUGAUUAGUGCAUAUUUAUGUGAUGUUCAUUUCUACCGACAAGGUUAGGAAAGUGCUUUUUCCCCUCAUUUGCAAGCAUGCAGAGUUUAUGAGCCUGCUUUACCUGCAGCUCAGUAACAAAUAUAAUCAUUCCUGAAGUUCCUUCCUUGGUAAUGUCAUUUGGAGCAUAUUUUAAGAGUGAUUACAGGGUCAGCAUAAAUACAACAACAUGGAGGAUGCUGCCAAACAAUCGCGAUCAAUAGCUCCCUAACAAAAGGAUUACUGCUCAUUUUUUUGCCACAUCAUGUUGUGACAGGUGGCCUAGGUCUCUGCAACUCCGCUCCUGCAGGGAUUUUCAAUUCUUUGAAUCUGUGGUUAACUAUGCAUUCUGCUGGAGGACUGAAAUGAACCAUUGCAUCUCUCAGAGCAAGUGUCAAAAGUCACUGUCCUCCAAGUGGAUCGCAGAAGCCUUUUAUUGUAUUUUAUUUUAUUAAGUAGCUUGCCAAAUGACAGGAGUGAGUAGUGAAUUUACAUAUUCAAAAGAUGCACCGUCAAAUACAACAGCAUGAAAAUCAUUGCAAACCUCGUUCAUAUCGUGUGACUGGUAAUGCUACCAAUUUUGUUUUCAUCUAUUUAAUUUGGGAGGACAGUUAAAUGCAGUUGAAUGCAAAUAAAUAUAUUUUUAAACACACAUAAAUACGAAUCAACUUCUAUUUAAUGAACUGACUUCCUUCAGCCUGCUCAUCGAAUGUUUGUGUUUUAUCCCACUGGCUUGUAAUUUAGCCGAUUUAAGAUGUUCAAUGUUUGAGAAACGCCUGAGAAAUUCUUCAUGCUUCAGACAAUAUCGAAUUUUACCUUAAACUGUAGCUUGUUUAAUGCUGCAACCAAAGAUGCAUUUACAUGCCCACUAAAGAUGCUUAUAAAAAGUAACUUACCACUUAACCACUUGCAGUAGGCCUACAGUUUCAAAUGCUUAAAGCUUAAAAUGCCAGUAUGCGUUUGCGAUAUGAUUUUCACUGACACGACGUGGUCAAUCAGGAGACUUGUUUCGUUUGCAACAUUUGUGAUGAAAUCGGAGAGCCGGCGUAACCUCUGGCUGGUACAAUUGCAGACUAAUGAGAUCCAAAGCAAAAGCCGUGUCAAACAAUUGGCCUCAACGGAGCUAACAGUUCUGCGUCAUAUGGGGGGGGGGUCGGUGUUAGAAGUACCUCUCGAAUGGCGUGCGAAUGAAUGCGUACGGUCGCCGAGCUCAGAAACUUCCCAGCAUAUCGCAGCACUCUCCACAUACUAUGCAAAUAUUCCCCCGGGGACGACAGCAGAAAGAGGGUGGCAUCACGACAACCCGAUUAGACACCAAGUUUAGAUUAGUAAUGACAAGACACCAAAAUGGAAGAAUACGCAUGCAUUUUGACAUGCAUUGGUAUGUCAGAAUUCAAUAUCGUCUUUUUGAUACAGAUCUUGAAUUAGAUCUCACGAGACUGUGCUGCAGUUUACCUAGGUGUACAUCGAUAUCUACGUCUGUAUGCAAACCCACAAUGAUUGCCCAAUUUCCCGUCGCUCCAACUUAUGACUUUAGUUUUUUUCCCAUUAGAGCUAUUUUUCACCACAAGUAUCUGUUUUGUUCAUCUGCUGUAUAGGUGGCAACAACAGCCACUCAACUUUUGCCUUCUACACAAUAUGCAGUAUACAUUUGUGUUUCUGUCAAGGACACUUCUGUGAGUGACCAUGAACAUGUUUUUGCCCUAAGAUGAUAGUCGUGAUCAACAUUGAAAUGCAUGCCCAAACAGAUAUGUAACCAUAGCUUGUUUGAAUUUGAGAGUCAAUGUUUUGGGUUGUAUGUGUUUUGUCAGUUAUUUUCCCACAGGGCCAGAGUUAACCACAACGGAACCAUGUCAUCACACCAAGGCAUAACAUAUAAAAAGUAUAGAAAAAUACAAAGAUAUUUAUGCUUAUGGUUUAUACAACAUAACCUCUAAAAUGUUGAUGCAAUUCUCUUGAUGGGUAGCGUUCCAUAUCCAAAUAGUAUAUUAAAUAACUAUAACUGAUAGCUGAGACAAAUGUUACCAAGUUGUGAAUUUGUAGAUAUUGUGGAAUCAAUUCCAAUAGUCUGUGAAUAUGGAUAUGUCGCGUCAUUUAUUUUUCAAUUCGAUACGUAGCGAUGUCUAACAGUCAGCUCUGUAACACUGCGUGUUAUAGUGUUUUAACGCCGUGCCGUAGAUACUGUUCGUGAAUCUACUUACGAGAUCAGUACCUUGUGUGCAGUUUUUUUUUCCCUCGCGAAAAAAACUUAACUGUGAAUUAGCAGCUGUUUGCAAGCAGAGUUGUACAUCCUGCAAUUCCAGCGCAUGUCUCUCCGACGAGACUCCACAAAGACAGGCCCGGGAACCUACUGUAGUGUUGCUGGGAAGUGGCCCCGUCUGUGUUCAGUCACUGGACUCUGUAUGUUGACUUCUCUCGUUCAUGUGCUUACUGUCAUGAGAUGUAGCAAAUGGAAAUUGAAAUAAAAGGAUGUCGUAUUUUG